AUGGCGGUCGUGAUGGAGGGACCACUCUCGAAGUGGACGAAUGUUGUGAAAGGCUGGCAGUAUAGAUGGUUUGUCCUGGACGACAACACCGGUCUAUUGUCCUAUUACACUUCCAAAGAGAAAAUGAUGAGAGGUGCUAGAAGAGGUUGUCUGCGAUUGAAGGGGGCUAAUCUAGGUAUUGAUGAUGAGGAUGAUAGUACGUUUACAAUCAGCUGUGACCAGAAAACAUUUCAUUUCCAAGCCCGUGACGCAGAGGAAAGAGAGUUGUGGAUUAGAUCAUUAGAAGAUACUAUCAAAAGACACUCACAAGUCAGAAAGAGACCUACUCUAGGGAGAGAUUAUGAAUUUUUUGAUCCAACGCGUGAAAGUCUUGACCAAAGGCUUGCAGAAGCAGAAGCGUAUUACAAGAUUCUCUCAGGACAAAUUAAGGUGAUUAGCAAACAGAUGAGUGCUGACCUGGAUGCACAGUCAUCACAGCGAUACUCUAUUCUCAAAGAGUCAUCAGAGAGCAUGCUUUCAUCAGUGGAUCAGUGUCUAAGACUAAUGUACAAAAUAAAAGAAGAAUGUGAAAAACAAGUAGAAACCAGCAAAACAGUUGCCUAUGAAUCUCCAAUGAAUAUAGAAAAUGAACCAACUGCCACCUCACAAGACAAACAAGAAAGAGUUGACAAUGAAAUAAGAACUAUUAGACCAAGUAAAAGUGAUUCAUCGUUAUCUUCAGUGCCAGAAAAGCAAUCACUGACAACAAAUGAUAAAGAGGGCUCAAUUAAUAGAGUCCUUUCUAAGUCAAACUUUGAAUUAAGCUCGCCUACAUCAGAAGGAACUUCAUUUUCUUUUGAAAGUACAGCAGAGACAACUGCAUCAUCGACACCAACCCAAGUAACAUACGCGCUAGCACCUACUAUUUCCAAUGCUGAGACAGUGCCUUAUGCUUCAUACUCCAGUAGUGAUGAAGAGGAUGUCGAAUUUUUUGAUGCAACUACUGACAUGACAGAAAAUAGCAAUUUAGAUAAGAAGGAGGACAGCUUCAGGUCAGAGGACACACWGCCAAAUCCACAACAGAUCUUAGUUUUAGAUGAUGAAGAUGAAUAUGAAAAAGAGGACGGGGAUGUUUAUGGGAAAGAAAUUGGAAGUGAAGCAAUCAAACAACAUGGUAGUGUUAUUACCCAUCUUCUUUCUCAAGUGAGACUUGGUAUGGAUCUCACUAAGGUUGUGCUACCCACUUUUAUCCUGGAGACAAGAUCUUUACUAGAGAUGUACGCAGACUUCUUCUCACAUCCGGUUCAGUGGCCAAAAAGCCUUACAAUCCCAUCCUAGGGGAAACAUUUCGUUGUUUUUGGAUUUUACCUGAAUGUGCAGCUAAAAGAGACAAGGUCCCUGUGACUGAUGGCCCCGUCCCAUGGGCAUCCAAAGACGAUGUUACUUUUGUUGCUGAACAGGUGUCACAUCAUCCUCCAAUAUCAGCCUUGUAUGCUGAGAACAGAUCCAAGCAAAUAUCAUUUGGUGCCCAUAUUUGGACCAAAUCCAAGUUUCUUGGUUUGUCUAUAGGAGUAGAGAAUGUAGGACAAGGUUGUGUAUCAGUUUUACCAUAUGAUGAAGAAUACAUAUUGACAUUUCCUAAUGGCUAUGCAAGAUCAAUAUUAACAAUACCAUGGAUAGAAAUUGGUGGAAAAUGUACAUUAACUUGUGCUAAGACUGGUUACUAUUCYACAGUACAGUUCCAUUGUGUGCCUUUUUAUGGCGGGAAGAAACACAGGAUAUCGUGUGAAGUCAUGGCUCCAAAUGACAAGAAACCAGUGCUAACUAUCAGUGGAGAAUGGAAUGGUGUCAUGUAUGCCAAAUAUGCUGAUAAGGAGGAAGAGGAAGUGUUUAUUGAUGCUACAAAUUUCCCAACUCACAGGAAAUACGUCAAGACUAUAGAGAAACAAGGAGAAUUUGAAUCCAAAAGACUAUGGAAAGAUGUAACAGUAAAUUUGAAGAAAAAUGAUGUUGAUAAAGCUACUGAAGGCAAACACAAGCUUGAAGAAAGACAAAGAGCAGAAGCUMGAGAAAGAAAAGAACUGGGUACAAAAUGGGAGACGAAGUUAUUCCACGAGGAGGGAGGACAUUGGUUAUACGACAGAUCUUUACAAAAAACACCAAACACCACAGAAUAGGAAAACACCAAGAUUGGAUAAAAAGUAUAUUUUGAUGARACAAUAAUACCCAGUUAAAAAAACAUUAUGAUAGCAAAUUUUAUGUAAGAUCCACARUUGAAAUUAUMAAAUUAAAGGCCUGUGUGCRSCCAAGAGCCUUUGYAAUCAUUUCUUUUGUUUUACAAACAAUCUCUGUUGAAAGUAGACUGAUUACGUCRUAGUUUUCGCUCUUUAAGGAGACCGAAUUAGAYGGCACAACUUUUGCCUACAACCAUCACAUGCAAYCUGCGUAAGUCAUCCUUGCAACAUGGCUGCAACAUUGCAGCAAUCCCUACAACAGUUGUUACCAUGUUGUAAAACAAUGAUUGUAGGGUGCUGCCGUCUAAUACUCCAGUUUCGAAUUCAUAGCGAAAAACUGCUGCUUUAUUUGACAACAGAUUCUCUUGCGCAAAAACCUGACUAAACACA